AUGGCCUCCUCAGACACCGAAUCUAACUACGCCGUCUUCCGCGAGUGUGUUUCCAGCGUCAUCAUCGCAAGAAGCAAGCAGCAUAAACCCAGCAAAACUAAGCGCAAAGCUUCUAGGAUCAAGGCAGCCAAAAGAAAAGGAAAUGCCGAGUCCACGGAUGAAUCUUCGGCGCCCAGCACACCUGCGCCAGCGGAGGAAGAGAACCCCGAGGAGUUAGCUGACUUCAUUGAUUUCAUAGCAACAGAAAUCUUCACGGCCCUCCCAGAACCACUGCAGAGUCUUUCCUACUCCGCAAUCCAACAUUCCCCCACCCUCUCAACAACCUACUCUAUCCCCUUGGCUCAUUCAACCCUCGAGUCCCUCUCCAACCCCCUGCCCAGCACAAUAACCGACACACUCUCCACGUACACCCCGGAUCUUGAGGCCCUAUCGCUCCUCAACAAAAUCCUAACGGAUUAUAUUCCCGCCGUGACGCGCCCACCACCAGUCUGGGCGAGCACGCGCGCUGAGGCGUGUGAAAUCUGCGAGCGCGACUGGAUCCCACUCUCGUAUCAUCAUCUGAUCCCCAGGGGGGUGCAUGAUAAGGUCAUCAAGAAGGGGUGGCAUGAUGAGUGGAUGCUGAAUAAUGUUGCUUGGCUGUGUCGUGCUUGUCAUAGCUUUGUGCAUCGGAUGGCAACUAAUGAGGAGUUGGCAAGAGAGUGGUUUACCGUUGAGAGGAUAUUGGAGAGGGAGGAUGUGAGGGAUUGGGCGAGAUGGGUUGGAAGGGUGAGAUGGAAGGCUAGGUAG